CACCACAGCACAGUUACCGGCUGACGCUCCCAUUGCCCACCAGUAUAAAACAGCCGGUGCCAUGGAUGAGGUGACAGAACUGGAGACGGGGGGGAACCCCCUCCUGAAGGCAGUGUGGCUCGGGCGGCUCCGCCUCACCCGGCUGCUGCUGGAAGGGGGAGCUUACAUCAAUGAGAGCAAUGAGAGAGGAGAGACGGCCCUGAUGGUGGCCUGCAUCACCAGGCACGUUGACCAGCAGAGCAUUAGCAAGCCCAAGAUGGUGAAGUACCUGCUGGACAACAGAGCUGACCCCAACAUCCAGGACAAGUCCGGGAAAACGGCCCUGAUCCACGCCUGCAUCCGCGGUGCCGGUGGGGACGUGGUGUCCCUGCUGCUGGAGAACGGCGCAGACCCCAGCCUGGAGGACCACUCAGGAGCAUCAGCACUGGUCCACGCCAUCAACGCCAACGACAAGGAUGUGCUGCAGCACCUUCUGAAUGCCUGCAAAGCCAAAGGGAAGGAGGUGAUCAUCAUCACCAUGGACAAAUCUGCCUCUGGCACCAAGACAGCCAAGCAAUACCUGAACAUGCCACCCUUGCUGGACUUCAAGGAGAGGAGCCCCCCUGAGGCACACACAGCACCCUCCAGCACCCACCCGAAAGCUCCCAUCUCAGCACCUUCCCCUGCUGAGGAGGAGAGCAGCAUCUUCCCAUCGCACCCUGGGGACAGCCCCUGUGCCAACGAGCCGCCCUCCCCAGGGCAGCACACUGGGGCAGCCCACAGAGCCCGGCUGCCCCGGCUCAAGCGGCUGCGCUCGGAGCCGUGGGGUCUGGUGGCACCCUCGGUGCUGGCAGCCUCCACACACCACGAUGACUCGCGGCUGGGUGCGGAUGAGGAGGUGAUCACGGGCAUCACCGACCUCUCGCUCUCCAAAAAGGCUCCCGUCGCCCGCGGCGGCAGCAGGAGCAAGGACCCGUCUCUCCUGCCGCCGGUGGAUGACCCGGCUCCGAGGGUGCCGCUGAGGAAGGCAGCAUUCGAGAAGAGCCCGGCCGCGGUGCAGCGCCCGCCCCGCAGGAGCACGGUGCCCGAGGAGCCGGAGGGCCCGGCCGCGGCACUGCACUGGCGGCGGCUCAGCGCCGAGCACCACGAUGACGAGCCCCAGCUCUGCGGCAUCCCCGGCCCGGCCGAGGGGAAGGGGCCAUUGGAGCGCAGGAGGCUCAGUGGGCCCCAUGUGGCCUCGCUGGACGGCUCCCGGGAUGCCCUGGACAGCAGCACCGGCGCCUCACCCAGGCCCAUGCGGCGCCGGCCGCCCGGCUUGCUGGAGAGGAGAGGCUCCGGCACCCUGCUGCUGGACCACAUCGCACACAGCAGGCCCGGAUACCUGCCCCCCCUGAACGUGAACCCCAACCCCCCCAUCCCCGACAUCGGCUCCAGCAGCAAAGCCCCCUCCCCGCUGGCUGCUGGCCUGAAGGCUCUGGUGUCCUUCACUCCCAGCUCACCCAGGUGGGGAGACUUGCGAGCCAAACGGAAGCUGCUCCGGAGACAUUCCAUGCAGGCGGAGCAGAUGCGGCAGCUCUCCGAUUUCGAGGAGAUCGUGGCCCAGUAGCCACAUCACCAUUUGCUUCCCAAACCAGUGCUGUCUCUGCAGAAACGUGAUGGUUCCCACGUCACCCAGCUCCAGGGAAGUGCUGGUGACCACAGGGACCAGACCUGUGCCCAGGGGCUCAACUGGGAGGCUCCUGCUCCCACUUGCCGGAGCCGUGCAGGGAGCCUGGGUAUCCGGCCCAGGCAGCUGGAGCUUCUUGUAUUCCAGUCUCUUCUGGACCUUUCCCCAGGAGUGAUGACCUGAGAGAUCAGUCCCAGACCAUCUGAGAUCGUUCGGCUUCACACACUGGCUCCUGCCUGCAGGUCGCUUAUUCCUCAUUAUUUAUAACCUACUUUUCUUCCACCCAGCUCGGUCAGACCUGGAAACCUGCGUGGAGCCACACACGAGCGAGCCGUGGGGUGAUGUGUGUGUGAAGUGCCUGCCAGGGGGAAGAGGUUAAUGCUGGCUGUGCUUGGAAGAGCACCCAUUCCUAGCAAUUGAAUGUAUGGAUACCCUAGCCGUGCUGGAGAGGGAGAGAGCUCUCCACCUCAGACACUUCCAAGCACUGGAACUCCAGCGGCUGAGCUCACCCAUCAUUGCUGCAGGCUGGUGCCUGGCUUCGAGCGGGUUUAUCUCCAUUUCUGGAGUGACCAAGGCUCAGGGGCAUUUCCCACUG